GGGCUCUUCGGCAAGACCGUGCCCAAGACGGUGGAGAACUUCGUGGCGUUGGCCACCGGAGAGAAAGGAUUCGGCUUCAAGGGCAGCAAGUUCCACCGUGUAAUCAAGGACUUCAUGAUCCAGGGAGGAGACUUCACCCGUGGUGAUGGCACUGGAGGAAAAAGUAUCUACGGGGACCGCUUCCCCGACGAGAACUUUAAGCUGAAGCACUAUGGCCCUGGCUGGGUGAGCAUGGCCAAUGCUGGCAAGGACACCAAUGGUUCCCAGUUCUUCAUCACCACAGUGAAGACGCCGUGGCUGGAUGGCAAGCACGUGGUGUUUGGCAAAGUGCUGGAGGGCAUGGAUGUAGUGAGGAAGGUGGAGAGCACAAAGACAGACAGCCGGGACAAGCCUCUGAAAGAU